GCUGCGCCCUCCGGCCGCCGCGGCCCCAUGCUGCUGCCGCUCGCCUGCCUGCACGGCCGCGUCGCGCAGUGCCUCAGCUCGCUGCUGGUGCUCGCCGAGCCGCUGCCCAGGCCCCGGCGCGGCGCGAGGGUGCGCGGCGCGGCGCCCACCUGCGCCCAGGCCGCCCCGGCCGCGAAGAUGGCCGCGGAGCUCUACGCCCCCGCCGGCGCCGCGGCCGCCGCCACCGACCUGGCCAACAGCAACGCCGCGGCCGCCCCCGGCGCGACGGGCAGGAAGGCCGGCCCGCGCUGCCCGCCCAGCGCGCCGGCCCCGGCCCCGCCGCCGCCCGCGCCCGCGCCGCCCGCGCCCAACAACAACAACUUGGAGAGCCCCAACUGGCAGUCCUUCCACCCGACGCUGCGCGAGAGGAACGCGCUGAUGUUCAACAACGAGCUCAUGGCCGACGUCCACUUCAUCGUGGGGCCGCUCGGGGCAGCCAGGAGGGUGCCCGCCCACAAGUACGUGCUGGCCGUGGGCAGCUCCGUCUUUUAUGCCAUGUUUUACGGGGACCUGGCCGAGGUCAAGUCGGAGAUCCACAUCCCGGACGUGGAGCCCGCAGCCUUCCUGAUCCUGCUCAAGUACCUGUACAGUGACGAGAUUGAGCUGGAAGCCGACACCGUGCUGGCCACGCUGUACGCGGCCAAGAAGUACAUCGUGCCCGCACUGGCCAAGGCCUGCGUCAACUUUCUGGAGACCAGCCUGGAAGCCAAGAACGCGUGCGUGCUGCUGUCCCAGAGCCGGCUCUUCGAGGAGCCCGAGCUGACGCAGCGCUGCUGGGAGGUGAUCGACGCCCAGGCCGAGAUGGCCCUGCGCUCCGAGGGCUUCUGUGAGAUCGACCGGCAGACGCUAGAGAUCAUCGUCACGCGGGAGGCCCUCAACACCAAGGAGGCGGUGGUCUUCGAGGCCGUGCUGAGCUGGGCCGAGGCCGAGUGCAAGAGGCAGGGCUUGCCGGCCACCCCGCUCAACAAGCGACACGUCCUGGGGCGUGUCCUGUACCUCGUGCGCAUACCGACCAUGAGCCUCGAGGAGUUUGCCAACGGUGCGGCACAGUCGGACAUUCUGACGCUGGAGGAGACCCACAACAUCUUCCUGUGGUACACAGCGGCCAACAAGCCCCUCCUGGACUUCCCCCUGGCCAAGCGGAAGGGCCUCACCCCACAGAGGUGCCACCGCUUCCAGUCAUCCGCCUACCGCAGCAACCAGUGGCGGUACCGCGGGCGCUGUGACAGCAUCCAGUUUGCCGUGGACAGGAGAGUGUUCGUGGCCGGGCUGGGCUUGUACGGCUCGAGCUCUGGGAAGGCCGAAUACACAGUCAAGAUCGAGCUCAAACGGCUGGGCGUGGUCCUGGCGCAGAACCUGACCAAGUUUGUGUCCGAUGGGUCCAGCAACACCUUCUCAGUGUGGUUUGAGCACCCGGUCCAGGUGGAACAGGACACCUUUUACACGGCCAGCGCCGUCUUGGACGGCAGCGAGCUCAGCUACUUUGGACAGGAGGGGAUGACUGAGGUGCAGUGUGGGAAAGUGACCUUCCAGUUCCAGUGCUCAUCAGACAGCACCAAUGGAACCGGGGUGCAGGGCGGGCAGAUCCCCGAGCUCAUCUUCUAUGCCUAACACGCCAAGGGGGAGGCCAGGUGCAGGGGAGGUGCAGGACACCUCCUGGGCCCUGGGGACACUGCGACGGAGCCCCGGUGGCAGGGAUGGGCAUCGGGCAGUGCCUGGCCCCUUCCCCGGCGCCUACGCCGCCUGCACGGAGAAGUCAUGCCACUUGCCCACCCAAAGGGGUUUUCGUAAUAAAGGCUCCAGAAAAGGAC